GUUAAUCGGUUUGCGAUUUGUUGAAAUAUUCGCACAGUUAAGUCUAUAAAAGUCCAGGGAUAUUCUCGAAAAGCGUAUUCAUUAUUCUGUUUUCUGUUCAUUGAGGCUGCGAGUUCGUUCCGUGCAGGCUAAGCAUCUACUAAUGAAAUCAUUUCUCAUAUCUCUCUUAUGUUUCUUGAUGAUGGCACAAGUUAUAAAUGCUACUCUAUAUGAAGUAGAAGUAUCUUAUUGGUUUCAAAAUACAAAUUGUUCAGGAGCUCCAAGUGAAACCUUAUCUAACCAAAGCUCUGUCAAUUGUGUUGGGUUAGAGAACGAGGUGUGGGUUCAGAUCUUGCCGGAUGGUAGUUCUUUGGCUGGACAGAUUUGUGAAGAUAGCACAUGUUCGACUUGUGAGGGAGCUAUUGAAAGUGGUGUAUGCUUUCAGGGCACUGAUAGUAAUGAUGGGGCCCUUAUCAGUGCGCAGCUAACUUUGAAAGAAGUUUCAAGUUCUCCGACACCAACUCCAACUUCUAGUGUGCCCAAACAGACGCCAACUCCUUCUCCCAAGGUGCCAACCACAACAUCGACUCCCACUACCAAGCAAGGUUCUGGAAACUAUGAUAAGGUUGAAAUUAAUCAACAAGCCAACGUCAAUAUAUCUUAGUUAUGUUUGUUGUUUGCUCUUAAGCUUAUUGUGUGUAUGGUUGGGCCAGAGUCAUUUCUACAGGCUCAUCUUAUAAAAAAUUUGUUAUUUGC